AUGCAAAAAAUCACAAGAAAAUUGGAAGCUACGCAAUCCAUGCUGAAAAACUUCUCCACCAACAUACGGAAAACGGCAAAAAGCAAGCAAAUAAAAGGUUUCUUCACUGCAAGAAAGAGUCUCUUGGAAAGGUACUGGAUGCAGUACAAGGAAGCUCGAGAAAAUUUGUUGGUCGAUAUUUAUGACGGUGCAAAGGUGGAAGAAGCGAGUGACUCAAUAAAAGCGUUAGUCAGCGAAGACAGUUCCAUGGAAAUUGAAAUAAUUUAUUCGGAAAUGAUGGGAGAGCUAAUCGAUGCGUUAGCGAGCACUGAAGUUAUAGACUCUCCAGGUAACAACGAAACUGUAAUUAAAGGUGUGUCAAGCAUGGAAUUGACGUCUAACCUGCCACGUAUUAAAAUUCCGUCGUUUGAUGGUAAUUAUCUGCACUGGUACGCAUUUAAGGAUUUAUUCACGUCAGUUGUAUCAAAUAACGUUGCAUUGUCUAAUACACAGAAACUUCAAUACUUAAAAGAUGCGUUAGUGUUGGACGCUCAACACGCCCUAGACAACAUUACUACAACAGAUGCACAUUGGGCAGUAGCAUGGAGUUUACUCGUCCGCAAGUAUGAGAACAAGAGGAUCAUUCUUAAUGCGUGUUUAAAACAAAUUGUUAAUGUAACAACGGUGUCUGAUGGUUUACCAAAUAGUUUACGCUUGUUAUGUGACACCAUCACGUCAGCUGUGCGUGCGUUAGAAUAA